GCCAGGUGGGAUGGAAACUGGCCAGCCAUAGGGUGUCAGGGCCAAAUCUCCAUCUUUGUAAAGGGGAAGGACAAACGGGACGGGCAGGGAAACGGGCGGAGCUUUUUUUCUCUUCCUUGCCUUGUCUGACCGCCGCCCUUGGAGAUGGUGAAUGAAGAAGGCCCCCAAUCAGAGGCCCAGCAGCACUCACGCUCCCGGGUGGGAAGCCACCAGCCCACUUGCUGCUUUGCACUCUCGUUAUGGCGCAUUCUGACACCUUGAGCCGCUUCCGGGUCCGCCCAGCAGAGCCGCAGGACUGCCCAGAAAUCCUGCGACUCAUUAAAGAACUCGCUGCUUAUGAAAACAUGCCCGAUGCAGUACAGCUAACUGAAGAAGAUUUAGUUCGAGACGGUUUUGGAUCACAACCUUACUUUCAGUGCUUAGUAGCUGAGGUGGUGGACGGAGAGAAACAAGAAGAGCCCAAGAUCGUAGGCUUUGCUAUGUACUACUAUACAUAUGACCCAUGGAUUGGCAAGUUGCUUUACCUAGAAGACUUCUAUGUUAUGGACGAUUAUAGAGGUUGGGGCAUUGGAACAGAACUCUUGAAAAAAUUAAGCCAGAUAGCGCUCGAUACCAACUGUGGCUGCAUGCAUUUCCUUGUGGUGGUUUGGAACAAGCCUUCUAUUGAGUACUACAUGAGGCGUGGAGCUUCAGACCUCUCCACUGAAGAGGGCUGGCAUCUCUUCAGAUUUGACAAAGAGAACCUCCUCAGAAUGGCCAUGGGGGAAUGAAAAGAAGUGCCCCGUGUUAUUGCUCCAGGGUUUGGGUGCAAGAAAGUCACCCAGCUUGCAGAACCUCCCUCUCUCUCUGAAACCUCUUCAAGUUAAAAGCUGUGAAUCUAAACCAGGGUAGGAACAGCAACAAAAAUUAAAAGAAGUUUGCCUGUUCUAUGACUGGCAUUAUUUUGAUA